AUGGGGAAUUCAUUAAUCGGAUCAAGAUCACAAUUCAGACGGCACCGAGAAGAUGCCGCAGUUCAGGGGAACCCUAUAAUACGAUGUGAAUACGUGGGUGAACCAGUUCAACAACGAGGUGACUCAGUCAGCAAACACAUUAGAAGGCCAAGAGAUUUAAACCGACUAUCUCCUGAGGAUACUAGUCGCAACUUUGCUUUUUCGGUAAGACAUAAAGAAAAUCGACAUCGUGACGAAUCACAGUCCCAAAUUGAUGCCAUCACAGCAGCACCUGAGUCUGUGUCAACUCUUUCCACUGAGCAACAGAAUCCCAUUCCUCUAAUAACCGUAACACGAUACGGUGACCACGACAGAGAACUUGCUUCAAAGGCGGAAGAAUGCGAGCUCAGUACAUUAACGGCCUCCCAGCCAUGCCCUUCUCGGGAUCAGCCAGGUCUUACAGGAGUCCCUCGCCACAGGCCUUUUCAACGUGUUCCACAAAACUCUCCAUACAGAAUCAUGCCUCGCGCGCCCAGGAGGGCCAUAUCUGGAUCACCAGGCAAUAAAAGAAGUGCUGACUCGAAACCUGGCAAUUCUCACAGAGUUCCACGUACAGACCGUGGCACACAGAAACUCAGACAACAGCCGGUCAAUAAUCAAGUCCCAGUCGGACAGGAGACAAAAAUGUCGCAAUCCGCACAAUGCAAGAUGAUCCGGAGGCAGUACGAAGCACUUGCUGGCCCAACCGCAUGCACGCGAUCUAGCUCAGCAGCUCCGUUAGCCCGAGUUUCGACGCCGUUGACUUCUCGAAGAAGAUCCUCUUCAAGGGAUUUCAUCAAGAGGGCGCCAAGGCUUCCGCAAUCGAAACUGGAGUACACCUUUUACAUCAGAGACACAGACGAACAACGCAAACCUUUCGACGAUAAUACAGCCGAUGCAAUUGCACGAGGAUGUGAGUGUUCUAUAGAAUUAAUUGCUCUUGGGAAGGGCUGCCCACCGGUUUUUCAUAAGGGACUUCAAGUAUGCCCAGUUACCAUCACAACGUCAAACAUGGCCAAUUUGAGAAAGUGUUUGGCUAGGCUAGACGCCUACUAUCCCGAAUUUAAUGCCAAAGCCUUCCUACCACAUUGA